AUGGAGUUAAUCCCACCUGCUUCAGCCGCCGUGCUGGCAGACCCGCUCCCCUCCACGAACGAUUCAGCCACCGUGAUCGCCCCAAUCGACAGCGACAGUAGCAGAAGCUCAGUGACCAAGGAUGACGUCGAGAAAGGAAUCGAGUCUCUACCCGAAACACCACCAAGAAUCACCGGCCCGCUGGAUUGGGAUGGGCCCAACGAUCCGGGCAACCCACAUAACUGGAGCUUUCUCAAGCGCGGGUGGAUCACACUGGUGAUCGGUAUGACCGGCUUCACAGUAACCAUCGGUAGCUCCGUAUACACGCCCGCCAUCCCGGAGAUAGUCCAAAAGUUCGACGUCUCAACAACAGUUGCCCUGCUCGGCCUCUCCCUCUACACCGUCGGCCUCGGCUUCGGUCCGGUCCUCGCCGCUCCCCUGAGCGAGAUGAUAGGCCGCAAUAUUGUUUACAAGACAUCGAUUCCCGUGGCUGCCCUCUUCACGCUCGGCGCCGGCUUUUCGACCAGGUCGUUUGCGUCGUUCCUGGUGUGCCGGUUCUUCGCGGGCUUCUUCGCCGGGCCGGUUCUGGCAGUUGGGGCAGGGACAAGUGCGGACAUGUAUCCCGAACGCCUGGCGACCGUCGGCGUGACAUCGUUCGUCCUCUGGCCAUUUGCCGGGCCGUCACUUGGUCCCUUCAUCGGCGGCUUCGUCGCGCAGUACAAAGACUGGCGGUGGACGCAAUGGGUGAUCCUCUUCGCCUGCGCCUUCAUCUACAUCCUACUACUCACGCUCCCGGAGACGUACAAGAAAGCCAUCCUCAAGCAGCGCGCGAAGAAGGGGCACCUGCCUCCACCACCGAAGGCCGGGCCCACUGGCGCCGCUGCUAUCAAGUUCCUGCUGACCGUGACGCUGGUCAAGCCGGUCCACAUGCUCUUCACCGAGCCCAUCGUCGCCUUCGUCAGUCUCUACGUGGCCUUCGUCUUCGCCGUGCUAUUCUCCUUCUUUGAGGCCUUUCCUAUCGUUUUUGAAGGCGUGUAUGGGUGCGUCCUUGCUCCUCCCCUCUCCUCCUCCCUUCCCCCCCGCCCCUCCUCGCCGCACCCAUUAAUCCAACCCCCUUCCAGCUUCACCAAAUCCCAAACCGGCCUCACCUUCCUCGCCGUCGGCCUCGGCGUCGUCCUCGCGGGCCUAACAGCCGUCUACUGCGACCUGCACUUCUACCAGCCGGCCUACCGCCGUGCAGCCGCCGCCGCAGCCUCCUCCUCCGCCGCCACUGGCCGUACCACCACACCGCCAGAAACACGCCUCUACGUCUCGAUGCUCGGCUGCUUCGGCGUUCCGGUCGGCAUAUUCUGGUUCGCGUGGACGGCGCGGGCGGACGUGCACUGGGCGAGCUGCGUGGUUGCGGCGGUGCCGUUUGCGUGGGGGAAUUUGUGUGUUUUUAUCGGCACGUCGCAGUACAUCGUGCACGCGUACGGCCCUUUGACGGGGGCCAGCGCGAUGGCGGCGAACGGCAUCGCGCGGUACACGAUCGCGGCGGCGUUUCCGCUGUUUACGAUACAGAUGUACGACCGGCUGGGGAUCCACUGGGCCACGAGUCUGCUCGGCUUCAUCUCCGUGGCAAUGCUGCCCAUUCCGUGGGUGCUGUUCAGGUGGGGCCCCCGGAUUCGGGCGAGGAGUAGGUAUGACACGGUUUGA